UAUUCACUGUGACAGCAAAGGGUCACGCUAGAAACUGCAAUUGCUGGGACUUGUCAGGUGGCCUCUGAUCUCUCUCUCUCUCUUUAUCAUUCUCUCUCUUCUCAUUCUUCCUAGGAACGGACAUUCCUACUGACACCUAGUUGGACAGCUGUAGACAGUGCAUUGCUGAGGAAGCAAGCUCUUGGCUGUGAUAUUCCAUUGCAGUCAUGGCACCUAAAAAGAAGAAUGUAAAAAAAAACAAAGGCGAUAUCAAUGAGAUGACUAUAAUUGUGGAGGAUGGCCCCCUAAGUAAACUAAAUGGUUUGAACGGGUUCUUAGAUGGAGGAAAUGGUUUCAGCUGCAUCUCAGCUGAGGUUUCUGAUUCUUCUUAUAGCCCAAAUCUCUUGGAAGGGCUAAGCAGAAUGAGGCAGGAAAAUUUUCUUUGUGACUUGAUUAUUGGUACCAAAACCAAAUCCUUCAGUGUUCACAAGGUGGUGAUGGCUUCAUGCAGUGACUACUUUCAUAACAUUUUAAAGAAAGAUCCAUCUACUCAAAGAGUAGAUCUCAAUGACGUAUCCCCAUUGGGCCUAGCCACUGUUAUCACUUAUGCUUACAAUGGAAAGCUAACUCUUUCACUCUACACAAUAGGUAGUAUAAUUUCCACAGCAGUCUAUCUUCAGAUUCACACCCUUGUAAAGAUAUGCUCUGAUUUUUUGAUGCAAGAAAUCAAUGUUGAGAACUGUAUGUAUAUUGCCAAUAUUGCAGAGACAUAUGGACUAAAAAACACCAAGGAAGCAGCCCAGAAAUUUAUUAGAGACAACUUCAUUGAGUUUUCAGAAACAGAUCAGUUCUUAAAACUUACUUUUGAUCAGAUCAAUGAACUCCUUGCAGAUGACGACUUGCAGUUGCCUUCUGAAAUUGCUGCAUUCCAGAUAGCAAUAAAAUGGCUGGAAUUUGACCAAAAAAGAGCAAAGUAUGCUGCAGAUCUCUUGGGCAACAUUCGUUUUGGUACCAUCUCUGCUCAAGACUUGGUCAAUUAUGUUCAAACUGUACCAAGAAUGAUGCAAGACACAGACUGCCACCGACUUCUAGUGGAUGCCAUGAACUAUCACUUGCUUCCAUAUAAUCAGAAUACACUGCAGUCUAGAAGAACAAGGAUUCGUGGAGGUUUCAGAGUCCUAGUUACUGUUGGGGGACGCCCAGCAUUAACAGAAAAAUCCCUUAGCAGAGACAUCUUAUACAGAGAUCCUGAUAAUGGAUGGAAGAAGCUAACUGAAAUGCCUGCUAAAAGUUUUAAUCAGUGUGUGACUGUGAUGGAUGGAUUUCUCUAUGUGGCUGGUGGUGAAGACCAGAAUGAUGCCAGGAACCAGGCCAAGCAUGCUGUCAGCAAUUUCUGCAGAUAUGAUCCUCGUUUCAACACAUGGAUUCACCUGGCCAACAUGAAUCAGAAGCGCACCCAUUUUAGCCUGAAUGUAUUCAAUGGCCUCCUUUUUGCAGUGGGUGGUCGCAACUCUGAAGGGUGUCUAUCCUCAGUUGAAUGCUAUGUGCCGGCAGUUAACCAGUGGCAAAUGAAGGCUCCACUGGAGGUAGCAAGGUGCUGCCAUGCCAGUGCAGUCAUAGAUGGUAGAAUCCUGGUCACAGGAGGUUACAUAAACAAUGCUUACUCCCGCUCUGUGUGCAUGUAUGACCCCAGCAAUGAUAGCUGGCAGGAUAAGUCCACCCUUAGCACUCCAAGAGGAUGGCACUGUGCUGUUUCCCUUGGGGAGAGGGUCUAUAUCAUGGGUGGGUCCCAACUGGGAGGUCGAGGUGAAAGGAUUGAUGUCCUCCCUGUUGAGUGCUACAAUCCUUAUGCUGGCCAGUGGAACUAUGCUGCUCCCCUGCCAACUGGAGUGAGCACUGCAGGGGCUUCCACUCUGAAUGGGAAAAUUUACUUGGUGGGUGGCUGGAAUGAAAUAGAAAAGAAAUAUAAGAAGUGCAUUCAGUGCUAUAAUCCAGAUCUUAAUGAAUGGACUGAGGAAGAUGAGUUGCCUGAAGCCACAGUAGGAGUAUCUUGUUGUACCAUUGCCAUGCCCAAUAACAAAACAAGGGGAAUCCAGGGCUAGCUCAGUAUCUUCUGUGCCAGUUAGUAUUUAAACAUUAUAAUUAGGUGUCAGCAAGAAUAAAUAAAAAACCUCUAUUUACACAGCUGUGUAGUUAACCCUUUAAGUAGCCUUCUCUGCUUAUGUGGGGCGGGAAAUUGCCAUUGUAAAAAUUUUAAUUUUACAAAACUGGCCAAUUUUCAUGAUCUUUAAAAUACAUGGUGUGAAACAACAUCUUUAAGAUACAGUGAAUUUACUUAGUGGGGAUAUAAUGUUGUGCCACAGUUAGAACAGGGACUCAGUCCCAUCCCUAACUUUGCCACUGACUUGCUGUGUUACUUUUGGCAAAUCACUUAACUUCUCUCUUCUUCAGUUUCCUCAUCUGUAAAAUGGGGAUAAUAAUCAAUUAAUGUUUUUAAAGUGCUUUGAGACUUUGGGAUAAGAGGCACUAGGGAACAGCCAAGGAUUAUUAUUAAUAAAUCUCCACAUAUUAGUAAUAUGCCAUGGCAUCAUAAAGUUGGUCAGUUUUGUUCUCUUUAGAGAUUUUAUAUAUGGGGAAAGAUAUUUAAUGACAAUUUAUUGCACAUAUAAAGUAUGAAAUAUAUAUUUUUCCCCUCUGGGUAGUGAUGUCCACAAACAAGUCCUCAAAAUUCUCUCCCUCUAUUAGAAAAGAGGUUCCCAUGAUUUAUGAUGUAGACAUUUAAUUUUUAUAGGUAGAUCUGUGACAGGGAUUUCAAGAGCCAAACUGCAGAAAUACAGAAGCUUAUCUGUCCAUUAUAGGCCAGUCCUGAGGGCCUUGCUCAGGGCAUCCUCCACACACACACAAAGGGGAGAUUUCACCUCUGUUACAUACUCACUGGGAAUCACUCCAUGGGGACUUUGCAGUGUACAAGGUCAGCAGAGGUGGAAGGGGCAGGCCCAUCAAUAGUCUUGCUUCUACCUGCAGAGGAAGAGGAACACACUACAAGUUAAUAUACCCCAAAACAGUCUUCUGUGCUGUAAAAGAAACCCACCCUAGAGGUGUCCGGGGCAACCACCAUAUUGAGAAUCCCAGGAAGCAGAACUCCUGCUUGGAGCUAGCCGGAACUGCUGGUGCCAAAAGCAGAGUGGAUACAAAAAUUACCUUUUCUGUUCAGUCCAACAAAUUCCCAUUGGAUUAAGGAAUAAGGACUGAGUAAAGGCUGCAGAAUUUGGUCCACCGCACAGAUCUGGGUAGGGAAGAAUCAGUCGUAAGGUAAAACUCUGGACUUAAAUGGAAUAGGUUUUCCAGACUAUUAAUGAUGGGAUGUUUUGAUGCCUCCAUUACCAGUCACAAACACAGUAUUCCCAAAACUAAGCUUUUCCUGGCCUUACCUUUUGUAUAUCAUAGAAGUGUAGGAUUGGAAAGGACCUCAACAGGUCAUCUAGUCCAGUCCCCUGCACUCAAGGCAGAUCAUUAACUAGAUCAUUCCUGACACAGCUCCUUGUGCUGCCUUGAACACAGCUCUUUGUAUAAUGUGACUUUUUAUUGCAUUUUUGCCAAAGACUUAGGAUGAAAUCUUGGCCCUGUGGAAGUCAAUGGAAGUAUUGCCAUAGCCUUCAGUGGGGCCUGGAUUUCAUCCUUACUCUCUACAAAUUACUCUCUAAGAAUUGCUACCUUCGUUGCAGCACUGUGCAUGGACAAUUAAGCAUGCGACUGCUGCUAAUUUUCAUUGAAAAUGGGACAUGCACACCCAAUUUCCUCUACAAUGUGCCUAGAAUUGACAUCUAAAGAUCCUGUUGUUAAUAAAGAUUUAUACACCCUUCAGCUGGGUGGAACUAAGCCAUUAAACGAACUAAAAUGAUUAGGUAAGAAGUCACUCAAAACAGCAAGAACACACUCUUAUACAGAUUCAUACAGCCUUCACAUACAAUUUUCUCUGAAUACAAUAAACACCUCAAGGGGGCAGUGUCCAUUAGAAGGCAAAGUCAAGCAGAAAGCAAUGUUUACUGGUCACGCAAGUGCUUUACCCCAGUCACAAAGGGAAUCCUUUCAAACUAUCUGCAAAUGCAGGCAUUCUUCAGCCAAACAUUUGUAGCACUCUCAUAACCUGAGUGUUCUUUGGCAAGUACAGUUAUAUAUUAAGCACUGGCAAUUAACAUGAUAUUGUGUUAGAAAUCUGAGUUGCAUAAAAGUGAGUCACCCAGUCAACUGGGAUUAAACUGAGUUUUGCACAGUCCGGUUUUCCAUUUGGUGUAAUAUAGUUAAGGAUCAUGACUACAUCUUAAGUAAUUCCUGAUCUCCACAUUCUAUUUUUGAGUAUUGUGCAUUAUUAGGAUAUACUGCAUUGUACUGACUUACAGUCAGAAGUCUUAUUACAGUAGUGUUAUCACUGUCAGUAUUGUAUAUCAUUUAGUUUGGCUAAUUUAAUUUAAAUACAAUUACAUUUACACUUUAUAUUGUAUAGUUUAAAUAAAUAACUCAGAUCUACAGUGAUUUAAUCUAACAAUGUAAAAUUGAGUAUAAUUUCAUUUUAAUAUAACAAUGAUGUUCUUGCCCCCUUCAAUCAGCAGUAACAUUAUUUGAUUAUUUUGCUCUUCUCAUAUAAGAUCCUGGACACACAGUUUAUGUGAAACCAUUUAAGUGGCCCUUUGUAAAAUCUUUUUGUCUGCUAUAAUAAUUCUCUGUAAAGACUACAGUUAUCCUUUUGUUAAAAGUGGGUGUUCAGCAUCCGUGCCAAUGCAUAUAACACAUAGACAUCUAUGCAUUCAUGGUAGAGGUCUGCUAGGUAUUUCUAAAACUCAUCAUCGUAGUAGUAUCUAGGUAGUAAAUAACUAAAAAUACAGAUAAUCAUUUUGGUGUUGAAUUGUGUUUGGGAGAAAAUUGUACCAUGGAAAAACAUAAUUUCACUCUUUUUUUCCUUUUGGAAUAUCAAUUCCAAAACUAGAUGUACAAUAAAAUGUAGUCUGUUUUUGCAAAGUUCUCUCUCAUGAGCAGAGACUCCCCUAUAAACAAACACUGAUCUGCUUUCAUUUUGCAAAUGAAGUUAUUUAGGAACUAUGGGCUAAGUGUACUGGAACUACUCUUAUGCUACUUGAAGGGUUAACCAUUUGGGGCCAAAUCCUGUUCAUCUUGCUUAUACAAUUUUGAAUAAGGUAAAUAGGAUUUGGCGAGCUGAGGCAAAUUCUGUCAGAAUAUUGUACAUAGGUACCUAACAAAAUAAUCCAUUCCCAGAAGAUGGAACACUAUCUCAGUCCUUAGUCUGCCUCCACCCCAUCCCCAUGCCCCCCACAAAUCCACAAGAAGUGUUGUGGGUGCUAGGUCAAAGGACAUUUGACACAUGUUGCCAAUCCAGCUAUGGACCCUACAUUUAGAUUUGCUCAAAUUAUAUGUGCUUCAGGCCAGAAUAACCAGUACAUGGGUGAGUGUGCAGGGGUAGUUGUUACCAGCAUCCGGGUAUACCGUACUGCUGCUCUUGCAGUGUGUAUAUCUAUACCUGCUUAGGCUACAACAGCACACUGAACCUGGAUUUGACUCUUAACAUGUGAAAGCGUAAGGCUGAACUUAAUUUCAUCUUGAUUACACCAAGUAUCUAUUAUUGCUUAAAUUGUGACUUUUUAUAUAAUAUUAAUUAGAACUGUGAAAAAUGGUUUGUACAUUACACGUGGAACAAUUUUCUAUCAUUGUCCUGUAUGGUAUUUUUGAUCCCAAAAUAUUUAAUAGUGACAGCUAGGUUGAAACUGGAAACAUUGUAUAUUCCUAAAAGGGACUUUAAAGAAUGUAGUUUAGGAAACAGAGUAUAGGAUAAAAUUAUUAAGAAUACAAACGAUCUUCCAUCUGAAUAAAAUACAGAUUGUUAAAUUAACACAACAUCAGAAUUUGACUUUGCUUUAAUACUAUAGAUGUAAAAAAAAAAAGUAAUUAAACUAACCAGAUGAAUUUGAAACUUCUAACUGCCUAUGUACUUAAGAGUUCACAUGACUAGUAUCUGUGUGCCUCCCAAGAACUUAAAAAUAGAAAUAAUUUUUCUACAGUCUGUAAAUGAAAUAGUUGUAUAGGUUUAUAGUUUGCCGGCUUAUUUCUCUUUGGGUGGGUGAGAGGCUGUGUUAUGGGCCUGUGUGUCAGAAGAAUGUACUGUGGGAAAACUAAGUUAGAAAGGUAAGUUUUGCUUUUAAUUCUUGUCAUGAUGAGGCCAAUUGUCAUAUUCAUUGUCAAGUUCUGAAAUUAGUUUUGGGAGAGGGAUUAAGGUAAAAGACUAGAUAAACCAGUGGUGCUCACUUGAAAGUGUGGCAUUGUCCACAGUACUGUCUUCAGAAGAUCUCAAGGGAAUAAAAAUAAAUGUAUGCAGUAUCAGAUAUCUGAAGCUUUCAUCCAAGUUCAUAUGAUAAGGUUGCAAUGUAAAAGACUAGUAUGAAGAUAUUGUCACUGAGAAUUAGAGUUACAUUAAAACUGUGAUUCGUUCACCAGUGACCAAAAGAUGUUGAGUUGUGGGGAAUAAAUGGCAGUAUCUUUCAAUUGAUCAGAAUGGGGAUACAUAAUAUAAUGCAAAUUAAACUAUGCAUUGCCUUGGCUAUCUAAUUGUUGUAAAUACUUAAGAAGUUUUACUUAUUUGUGCUUAUCAGUUGCCUAUUUCAUAAUUGUUAUACCUACUUCUUAAACAAAUACAUUAAUUAAAUACAAAUACUUUCAGGGUGGAAUGCGAUAAUUACAAGGGAACACAUUUCAAUAGGAAAAGAUUGUACAAUUUAAUAUGAUAAUUUUAUUACUAAAAAUAUAGAAAUGUGUAACAUGG